GUUUAUGUCCAUUUUAUAUGUCAUGGUGGUCAAUGCAUGUAUAUAUGCAGUGUAGUAUGUACAGUAAAUUGUAUACCGUAUAGCCCCUAUGGAUAAAUGGCAUUUUCUUUUAUUUGAUAAGAUAUAUUUCACAAAUAUCCGUAAAACCCAAAGUACAGGAAUAAAAGCAAUAAAGCUAUAUAAAGCUGACCGCUACUGUUCAACUGGUAUCGUCUAAUAUUUAAGAACCACAUAACGAUGAAACCUACUCUUUGGCUGAAAAAAAUGGCUUUAAAAAUUUGUAAAUUUAAGUAAAAUCACCUUAUAACUCUACAAAUAAUGAUUUAAAAGUACUAAGUUUAGGAAAAACAAGUUACCUGCCCCCAGAAACAUAUGAAUAGACACCAAAACCAGAGAAAAAGACCAUCAAAUAAAAAAGUUGUGGCCCAAAAUGUGAUUUUGGGGGGUUUUGGCGGCCAUUUUGGAUUUUGGCCCGGCACACUUUUUUCUCGGACCCGAGACAAAAAAUAUUGUCAUUUCAUGUUGAGAUAAGGUAAAAGGAACACAAAAAAACUGUUGUCACAGUACAACAAAAAAUCACCCAUUUAUAGCCCACUCCUACUUAUAUGUUAUCAUCUGCAAAUAUCAUUGUUGAAGAUAUUUUGGGAAGAAUUCUGCAUUGCUCCCUGGCCUUUUUUGUGUUUUGUGAUCAUGGAAAAUACAAACGAACUUUGCUCUGUCAUCUGCUUUUGCAACGCUCACCCGACCAGCGCAGACCGUCAGUGCAUGCAUCGACGGCCGGCCGGAGCAAAAAAAAAUGACUCGAUUUUCUCCGCCUUCAAAUUUCGAUCCAUCGAUGUUCGAUCGAAUUAAAGCUGUCGAACACCGGUUUUCAAAAUAAUCGAUAUGACUCGGGCUUAGUAAACAGUAUAUUCUCAUUUACAUUUGUAUCCCAUAUAUUGUCACGAUUUUAUUGAUUUUUCUUCCUGUAAUUUCUUUCACAUUAUAGAACUUACAAGUGCCAUCUGAUUAAACAAAACUAAUCAACCAGAAUGGCUGACAACCAAGAUUAUGGAGGUGGUGAAGGAGGGAAGCGAUCAGCAGAAGAUCAGAGGCAAAACCAAAACAAGCGCCCGAGAGGGGAUUACAAUCAAGUUGUAUUCCGUUUGAUGAUAAGGAGCAACAAUGCUGGAGGGGUGAUAGGAAAAGGUGGUGAUAAUAUCAAGCGUCUCAGGUCAGAUUAUGAUGCUAAGGUGUCUAUUCCAGAUUGCAAUGGGCCGGAGCGAAUCAUCAAGAUUGUCACCAAACAGCUGGAUAGUGCUCUUGACUGUAUUUCAGAUAUCAUUCCAAAGGUGGGAGAAAAGGUGGAGAGGAGGGAUAGGAAGCAAGAUCAGAGUCAGAACCAGGGCCAGUUUUUUGUCAGGAUCAUGGUCCAUCAGAGUCAUGCUGGAGCCAUCAUUGGAAGAGCAGGUUUUAAGAUCAAAGAACUUCGGGAGAAAACUGGUGCCCAUUUCAAGGUAUAUACAAAAACCUGCCCAAACUCCACCGACCGUGUUGUCCAACUCACUGGUACCGCAGAUGUAAUCAUCAAGGCUGCUCGUGAAGUCUACGAAAUCUGUUCUGAAACCCCCAUCAAGGGCCUUGCACAGGAAUAUGACCCAUUCAACCAUGAUACAAGCAAUUUUGACCAGUACGGGGGAUUCCUGUUUGAUCCAGCAGAGGAAAGUUAUGGUGAUCGAGGCGGCUAUGGAGGUGACCGUGGUGGUGGCGGCGGCGGCGGCCAAUGGAACAGAGGUCCGCCAAUGGGACGUGGCUAUGAUCGUGGAAUGGCUGGUGGAAAUGAUAACUUUGGUUAUGGCCGCAGUCCCUUUGGUGGUGGAGGUGGUGGGCCCAUGGGAGGAGGACGAGGAAGGGGAGGACGUGGACGAGGAGGUGGUGGUGGACCUGGUGGUGCUCGUGGAUAUGGAAGAGAGCAGCAAUAUGGUGGUGCCCAAGGCUAUGAUUUUGGUGGAGAUUCUGGACGUGGCCAAUCCAACUUCGGAGGUGGAGGCGGUGGCUUUGACGGUGGUCCUGGUGGUGGAGGAGGUGGUGGGGAAGCUGUUCAGACACAACAAGUCACCAUACCCAACGACCUGGCUGGCUCUAUCAUUGGCAGAGGGGGUCAGCGCAUCAAAAAAAUCCGUACACAGUCAGGAGCACAGAUCAAGAUCGACGACCCUCUUCAAGGUGCCAAGGAUAGAAUCAUCACCAUUACAGGUACGCAACAUGACAUUGCUCAUGCCAAGUUCUUGUUACAAAAUAGUGUCAAGGAGUACCAAAAUAGUGGAGGAGCAGUUCAGUAAUUGGAAAGUUCAGAAUUGGAAAUUAGCUUUUCUUUAAUAGAAUCUCCUUGUUCAAAAUUGUAAAUACAUGUAUCUAUCUAGGUGGUCAUGAUAUCACAUUUAUUUUCAUGCCAUAAAUUGCUCGAGAGGAACUUCAAUCUAGACAGUAUUCCCUUUUAUUUUGCGAAAUUGCUUUCCUCGCUUUUUUUUUGUUGUUUUAUGUACUUGUAUAUGAUAAGGCUAUGCUUUCCUUUUAUAAUCUUUUAGAAUUUUAAUUCUUUGGUUUGUUCAUCAAUAUUUAAAUGACAAGACUUGAUUUAUUCUUGAUCAAUUUUGCAGUUGUUUAAUGCUAAUGUAGAAAUGAUCAACUUGUUUCCAUUUAGCUUACAAUGUGACACGAAUGCCAAGGGGCGUUCCUUACAGAAUUUCUUUUUUUCAGGGCUUUUUUCACAGCCUCUUACUCCCUAAAUCUGCAACAUUGGAUAAACUUUAACAUUGCAAUGAAUGGGGAUUAUCCAGGGCCCCUUUUUAAGUUUCUGUGCUCUUUUAAGCUUUUCAGGGGCGAUAUCACUUUGAUUCCCAUACACAGUACUGUACAUGUACCUUCCCCCCCCCCCCCAGGUUCCACAUGUUUGUUUCUUUUUAAAUUCAUAAGCAAAAUAAUCCUAUGCGUAAAGUCCUUUUAAGUUGACCUUUUCUGACAUAUGUUGAAUUAGGAAAAGGAUUUUUUUGUCCAAAUAAGAUGGUACAUGUAAAAGACUAGACACUGAUUCAUGGAGAUUUUUCUUCGGUUAAUAGCUUACAGUAUUAAUUUCAUCUGAAACCCUGUCAUGUUUAGAAUAUGACAUGUGCAUGUGAAUAUAAAGGUCAAUAUAUCUUAGACCACCAAGAGGCCAAUACCAUUUCUUACAAAUUAUUUUUAUUUCUGAUUUAAAUGGUCAUAAUUGUACAUGUAGAAUUGUGACCCUUGAAAAAAAAACUCUACUUUUUAUGGUGACAAGCAUUAGAUUGCUAUUUCCUGUUUUUUACAUUUGUGUAAAAGUUUUUCAUGUUGCCAUUACUAGUGCUUUAUCAUGGAGGAUUUACCAGGGCCGGUGAGGAGAGGGGGUAUUCCAUGUGCAGUGCACUAUAUUUUCCAUGUUGAGGCUACUGUAUUGCAUAUUUUUUUACAUAUGUAGUUUGGAACUCUCGUACUUGGCAAAAUUGGGGAAGAUCUCCCGGUUGUUAUUUAGUUUAUCGUGUCAUUCAUCUACAGAAAUGAAAAUGUACAUGUACAGAUAUCCAAGUACUGUACAUGUAUGUAUGACACAAAUUCCUAUUUUACUCUUUGGAAGAGGGCCCUUUAUAGCUACUGUUUAUAUGUAGGUUUUAGAAAAAAUAUAAAUUAAAAAAAAACAUAAAAAUGUCCACAAUUUUACCAUCUAUUCCUGAAUGUUGAAUGGUGUUGUGACUGUUGUCACAUGUGCAUGUAAAUUAGUCCUUUGGAAUUAGAUGUCAUUGAUGUUGAAUAUCUUGGUUAAGUAGGAUGCAUGUUAAGAGUUGUUAAGACUUAAGACAAAUAGUUGUCAUUCAUUGAUUAUCAUGUUGAUAUCGUCUAUAUGGAAGUAAAGCUCUAUUGCAUAUUGUUAACUUGUUCAGUUACAUGUACUUUUGAGUCUGAACAAGGAGGCCCCAGUGAUCAGAAUGAUGGAAGGCGAAUGCUGUACAAUUUCUUUUGAAGCAAAGCCCUAUGAACAGUAUGUAUUUUUCUGAACUGAUAUCAGAAAAUAAUCAGAACCUACAUGUACAUGUACAAGUACUGUACAUGUACAAACCCCAUACCAACUAGUAUGAUCUAGUUUGAUCUGAUUUGAGGCUGUUCAUAACAAACACAUACAUGUAUCUACAAAAAUAACCUUUUGAUAAUUACAGUCCAUCCUAUUUUAUCCAAAUGUAUUUCAAUUUUGUUGCUGUUAUGUAUUGCAAAGCAUUUGAACCCAAUAAAUAUCCAUUUGCUAUACCAAGCUAA